AUGUUGGCGGUGAAAGUGGAUGUCAGCUAUGGAACCGUGUGGACAAUUGUUCACAACAGGUUGCGAUAUCGGAUGGUGUGUGCCGCUUGGGUUCCGCAGCAGCUCACUGACCAGCAAAAGGAAGUGCGUAUGGGGCUAGCACUGCAACAUCUGUUUCGGUAUCAGGAAGGCCCCGCUUUCAUGGAGCGGAUCAUCACAAUUGAUGAGACCUGGUGCCAUCACCAUGAGCCAGAGACAAAGCCGGACGGCAUGCACUGGAAGCAUGCGUCGUCACCUCCCCCUAAAAAGUUCAAAGCCGUGCCGUCAGCAGGCAAGGCGUUGCUCACCGUCUUUUUCGACUGUUACUUCGUUCGUUCAAGGUCCGCUCCUUGUGGAAUUCCUCGAGCACAGAAAAACCAUUAA